AUGACUACGCCACCCGUUCUGCACCGCAGUGCGCGGGCAAUCAGCCCGAGUGAAUUCCUCGAGGCUUUGCGGGCAACAUGCCCGCCGCGCUUCCCAGCCAACCGGGCGCGCAUUCAUCGGCCCAUUGCUCUGGCUGUCAGUGGCGGCGUGGACUCUAUGGCCUUAGCCUACCUCUGUUCUAAAAUUCGGCCGACGGACUGCUGGUUCAAGGUGGCAGAUCACCCGGUUAGCAGUCCUUACGCCAUCAUCAUUGACCACGGGCUGCGUGAGGGGAGCGAUGUUGAGGCUUCCAACGUCUCCAGACUGCUUAUGGAAAAGCUAAAGAUUAAGUCCAGCGUGAUCAAGUUACGUUGGGACCCGUUUCUGCCCUAUAAGGGCGCUAACCCGAACGAGCUGCCCAACAUCGAGACUCUGGCGCGGUAUCUGCGUUACCGGGCUAUUGGGAAUAUGUGCCGAACGCAGCACAUUUCCUCCCUCUUUACAGCUCAUCACCAAGAUGACCAGUACGAGACUGUGUUGAUGCGGGUCCUGUCGGGCCACGGGUACCGCGGCCUGCAGGGUAUGCGGCCGUCGACCGAUAUCCCCGAAUGCUAUGACUUGCAUGGCGUCUACCGCAGUGGCCUUGUCGACGACCAGCGCCGGCGCCAUCCCUUUUACGUCCUGCGUCCAACCGGUAAGGAACGGAAGAAGAUGCGGAAAGAGAUGAAAGAUAUGAUUGACCCUGAGGUGUUCGCUCAGGAACUGGAAGAAGGGCUGAGAGCAGACAUGGCCGGCAUAGACGCCUACCUUGACGAGCAGGAUCCUGUUGUUAAGGAUGUGGAGCGCGUUCCGCCUUUGACCCCCAUGGAAUUCGAGAACGGGGGGGUCAUGGUCUACCGGCCCCUGCUGGGCUUCUCCAAAGACCGCUUGAUCGCUACGUGUCUGGAAAACGAUAUCCCUUGGUUCGAAGAUCAUACCAACGCCGACCCGACGCUGACCAUGCGCAACGCGGUGCGGCACAUGUACAAAAAUUACACCUUGCCUGUGGCUCUGCAAAAGCCGUCCAUUCUCUCCCUUGCCAAGCGAUGUCGGGAUAGGGUCAUUCGCGAGGAAGCGGAGGCUGCCAGGACGCUGCGUAAUGCUCACAUCCACUUAUUUGAGCCAAAUACAGGCACGCUUGUGAUAACAUUUCCUAAGUUUUCCUUCCCGAGCGUACCCCGGAGAUCAGCAUCGUCUCCUGCGGCCCGCCAGCGGCGUGUGGCGCACUACCGUCUCAUCGCAGGUCUCAUGUUGCGCAAGCUGCUCUCCAUGGUAACCCCUGAACGAGAACUCAGCCAGGUCGCACAGUUGGACCAUUUAAUCAACAUGAUCUUCCCGGAUCUCGUCGAAGAAGGCAUACGCCCGCCAGAUCCGAAGCCAUACGUCAUCUGCGGUGUGCACUUUGUCCCAUUAGAAGGGCGCGGCCCUAUCCGCUGGCAGCUCACAAGAGCACCAUAUGUCUCGCACGCUCCUCGCCCACAAAUCGAGUUCAAGAAGCGUCCCCUGCGCCAACGCGUUGGUAAGCACCCGAGCGAGUGGGGUUGGAGUGUAUGGACACAAGCCCAGCUCUUUGAUGGACGCUACUGGGUGCGCAUCCGGCAUCGAUUCCCCUGCCCUGUGCGGGUAGCGCCCUUCGAGAUGGAGCAUCAAAAGCCGUUUCGGGAGGCUCUUGGUGAGGAGCAAAAGAAAGAACUAGCUUCCAAGCUGAAGAAGCAUGCUCCAGGAAAAAUCAGGUAUACAUUGCCUGCGAUUUAUGCGGCGAUUGAUGUAACCGAGCUGAUAAACGGGGGUGGCUGGUGGCCGGAAUGGGAUAAUGUUCAGGCGCAGCUGAAGUAUAAAGCGCAGAUGGAGGCGAGGAAAUUGGAAGUAGAGAGAUCGAGUGUGCAGAUGCAGCAACAGAACCAGUAUGAAAAGCGAGAGCCGACUUCUUCUAACCCUGCCGCUGAUGGCGCUCAAGCACCAGUGGACAAGAUCAUAGUCACAGAAUCCGCGAUACCUGAGGCUGGCCAACGAUUCGGCCUUCUUUCAGAACCCGCAGCCAAGGUAUCGAAAACAGCUAUCCCUAUCACCAAUCAAACAGGACAAUUGACUCCUGCAACAUCGCCAUCACAACCAAUAGAUUCGCCAACACCUACCAACAGCAAGCAAAUUUCUACCGCUGAACCAAAGGAGACCUCAUCCACUUCAACAGCAUCACCAACAGCUAUAACCCCCUACAACGAACCCACACCUCUUGUCCCCAUCGACCCCUUUGCAAAACCAGUCCUUCACAUAGUCCCGACCCGCCCACGCCGCCUCUCCGACUGGGAACAAGAGCUUCUUGCCACAUCGACCCCGAAACUCUUGGCUCUGCCCACACUCAGCAUCGCGAUCCCAGGAGUCGAGAAGUGGCUUGAGUGGGAGGUCAUGUACAAGAAGGUUGACGAUGAUUUGCUGAGGUUAAGUGAAGAAGGAGAAAGGGAUGAUUGGAAGACACGGAGGGCGGUUAGGAGGGAAAUGAUCAACAGGUAUAGAAAUAGAGCUCGAAUUAUGAAGAGGCGACCGAAGGAGACGGCGAUGAUGAAGAAAGAGAAAGAGACCAAGAAAGACGAGUUAGACGGGGGCUUGGUGCCUAAGUUUUGGGGAAUGACGCUCUAUGGGUGA